CAGUUGAUCACAGACGUGCCUGCUGUUCCUAGUGUUGUUUCCUUGAACAAGAUCUCAGCUUGCAAACUGUGAUCAUGUUCUUGAAGAUCUCCGUUCUACUGCAUCUUGGUCAAUUGGUUCUGACUAAUUCGCCGUGCAUAAAUGUACGUUUUCAAAGAAUACAACAAAGUUUCAUGGCGCCUCUUCGACAAACCAGAGCCAACAAGCCUAUCGAAUGUGGUAUCCAAUGCAUGUCGGAACCUAACUGUGACGCAUUUCUAUUAACUAAAGCAAAUGGAACAUGUUCUCUGUUCCAUGGCGAGAAUUCAUCGUCUGCAGGCUGCAUUAAAGGACCUUUGUUCAAGAAGUCAAAUGUUCGACUUGUUCCGGGGCCACAAGCAGGUCGUCUUGAGAUUAAGUACCAGUCAACUUGGGGAACAGUCUGUGACGACGGAUUCACUGAUGUAAAUGCCAGAGUCGUCUGUAGAGAACUUGGAUUGCCGUCAGGGAACGCAGUGCACAGAGGCCAAGCUCACUAUGGUCAAGGAAGUGACCCAAUCCUACUGGAUAACGUACAGUGUGUUGGGAACGAGUCAUUUCUGAGCCAGUGUAGUCACCUACCAUGGGGCACUCACAACUGUCGUCACCAUGAAGAUGUCGGCGUCCUCUGUCAGUAACUGUCAAGUGACAUCACCAGCAUACCAAAGAAACAGAUGACGCCCUAACGGUAACUCGAUAACCAAUUGGCUGAAAUGAUAUACAAGGAACGAUACAGAAUAGCAAUACUGGUCAACGAUGACAGAAUGGAUUAGUGCAGUUCCGGUGUUCUGUGUUUGAGUCUAUUCGAAAUCUGUAUGCUGGGGAUCUGACGUAUAUAAAAGAUGUGAAAAGGC